AAUGUCCCUUUUCUUUUUAGAUUGUAAGAACAGUAAGUGUGUCCCAAAGAAGAACAUCUUUCAAGAAAUACAGUCAUUGGGGCUGAUACUAGAUCCACAAUGGAGGUUCCCCCGGCAUCCAAGCUUGGUGAGACCUUUGUGUUUGAAGAUGGGUUAGAGAUGCAGCAAGAACUUUUCCCAGAGGAGGACCUAGGGGACGCAUUUCUUCAGGAAAGAGGUUUAGAGCAAAUGGCCGUUAUCUAUAAGGAGAUCCCUCUUGGGGAGCCAAACGAGGAACAUGAUGAUUACGAGGGGAAUUUCAGUCUGUGCUCAAGCCCUGUUCAGCACCAGAGUAUCCCCCAAAUCAACAAACCCCAGGAUGAUGACAUAUUUGGCCAAACCUUCCUCCAGAAAUCAGACCUUAGUAUGUGUCAGUUAAUCCAUGCUGGAGAAGAACCCAGCAAACCCGACUAUGAGCGAGUGGGCAGGGGGGACUCGGGCCCUAAAGAGCCUCACAGAACUGCACAACCACCCAAACCCUAUGCGUGUCGGGAAUGUGGGAAGGCCUUCAGCCAGAGCUCGCACCUUCUCAGGCACCUGGUGAUCCACACCGGGGAGAAGCCCUACGAGUGCUGUGAGUGUGGGAAGGCCUUCAGCCAGAGCUCGCACCUUCUCCGACAUCAGAUAAUCCACACCGGGGAGAAGCCCUACGAAUGCCCGGAAUGUGGAAAAGCCUUUCGCCAGAGCUCAGCCCUCACACAACAUCAGAAAACCCACACUGGGAAGAGACCCUAUGAAUGUAGGGAAUGCGGGAAAGACUUCAGUCGGAGCUCAAGUCUGAGAAAACAUGAGAGAAUUCAUACUGGAGAAAAACCUUAUCAGUGUAAGGAAUGUGGGAAAUCCUUCAACCAGAGUUCAGGCCUGAGCCAGCAUCGGAAAAUCCACACCCUAAAGAAACCUCACCAAUGCGAUCUCUGCGGAAAGGCCUUCUGUCACAGGUCCCACCUCAUUCGGCACCAGAGGAUUCACACUGGGAAGAAACCGUACAAAUGCGAAGAGUGUGGGAAGGCCUUCAGCCAGAGCUCCAACCUCAUUGAGCAUCGGAAGACCCACACCGGCGAGAAACCCUACAAAUGCCAUAAGUGUGGGAAAGCCUUCAGCCAGAGUUCCUCCCUCAUUGAGCACCAGCGGAUUCACACUGGGGAGAAGCCUUAUGAGUGCGGCCAGUGCGGGAAGGCCUUCUGCCACAGCUCCGCGCUGAUUCAGCACCAGAGAAUCCACACCGGGAAGAAACCCUACGCGUGCAAUGAGUGUGGCAAAGCCUUCCGGCACAGGUCGGCCCUUAUCGAACAUUAUAAAACCCACACCAGAGAGAAACCCUACGAGUGUAACAAAUGCGGCAAGUCCUUCAGGGGGAGCUCGCACCUUAUUCGGCAUCAGAAAAUCCAUGCUGGGGAGAAGCUCUAGAAGGAGGAGCUCACACCAAAGCUUGAAAGCCUUUCCCAGAUGGAGCCUACGCCCACUCACUUUACUGCAGAGCUCCAUCCACCGGCCCCAUAACAGGUGGACCUCGGUGCUCCUGAGCACUACACCAGCAGCACGGGCCCCGCUUGGCCAGGUGAUCAGGUUUUCUGAGCACAGGGGAGGAUGGGGGGAGAGAAAGGCUGCCAGAAU